UUUCGCUUUUGAAAAAUUUAAUACACAGAAAAUGAAAGUCGAAGGGAUCAUAUCUGUAUAUCUAUUAUCAGCCAUUCGGUGAGGAGCACUGAUAACCUGAGGCGAUUGCUCUUUGAGUUUUCUACAAAUCGGUGUGUUUAAUCAGAGGAUCGUUUUACUGAGGUUUUGAACUUUCCAUCGAGCUAUUUUUUGUCCAGUUUGGUGGAUUUUUUGCCCAGUUUGGUGGGUUUUUAGCUGAUUCGACUUAUUUAUACAUAGAAGGCUUGAUCGGUAUGGGCAUGGAUGAGUGUUGUUCUACUCAUCUUAUUGAUGGAGAAGGAAACUUUAAUGCGGCUGGUCUUGAUACUUUCAUGAAGACUGUGAAGUUGUCAGAUCGGGGACUUUCAUAUGCUGUGGUUUCUAUCAUGGGUCCCCAGAGCAGUGGAAAGAGUACACUAUUGAAUAAUUUAUUCCGAACAAAUUUCAGAGAGAUGGAUGCAUUUAAGGGAAGGACACAAACCACACAAGGUAUCUGGUUGGCGGAGGCAGCUGGUAUUGAUCCUUGUACACUAGUUAUGGAUCUGGAAGGUACUGAUGGGAGAGAAAGAGGAGAGGAUGAUACUACAUUUGAGAAACAGAGUGCUCUUUUUGCUUUGGCUGUUUCAGACAUAGUGUUAAUAAACAUGUGGUGUCAUGAUAUUGGCCGAGAACAGGCUGCAAACAAGCCACUCCUUAAAACUGUAUUCCAGGUUAUGAUGCGUCUUUUCAGUCCUCGGAAGACAACAUUAUUAUUCGUUAUACGAGAUAAGACCAAGACUCCUUUAGAAGUUCUGGAGCCCGUUCUUCGAGAAGAUAUUCAGAAGAUAUGGGAUUCUGUUCCUAAGCCUCCUAUGCAUAGAGAAACUCCACUAAGCGAAUUCUUCAAUGUAGACGUGACAGCUUUGUCCAGUUAUGAAGAGAAGGAAGAGCAGUUCAGAGAGCAGGUUGCAAUGCUAAGACAACGGUUUUUCAACUCCAUUGCACCUGGUGGACUUGCUGGUGACAGAAGGGGAGCUGUUCCUGCCUCAGCUUUUUUUUUCAGUUCACAACAAAUCUGGAAAGUUAUUAGAGAGAAUAAAGAUCUUGAUCUGCCUGCACAUAAGGUGAUGGUUGCAACUGUUCGUUGCGAGGAAAUAGCAAAUGAAAAACUUGCCAACUUGACAUCUGAUCAGGGUUGGCAAGAGCUGGAGGAAGCUGUACAAGUGGGGCCGGUACCAUCAUUUGGGAAGAAACUAAGCUCCAUUUUAGAAAAUUAUUUAUCAGAAUAUGAUAUGGAAGCUGCUUAUUUUGAAGAGAGUGUAAGAACAGCGAAGCGCCAGUUUUUGAUGUCUAAAUCAUUGGAUCUUGUAUUUCCUGCUUAUCAAGCCACGUUGGGACAUCUCCGCUCCAAAUCUUUAAAUAUGUUCAAGGAUGAGCUCGAUCUGGCUCUUAAGGAAGGGGAAGGUUUCCAAGUAGUAGUUCGAAAUUGUACAAAUGCUUCCUUGGCAGAAUUUGAUCAAGGAUGCAUAGAUGCAACUGUUUCUCAAGCAACAUGGGACUCAUCGAAAACCAGGGAAAAACUACGUCGAGAUAUUGACACACAUGCAGCUUCUGUGCGUGAUGCAAAGCUGGCAGAAAUUACAUCAAACUUUGAGAAGCGUCUUAGUGAUAACCUUGCUGAGCCAGUGGCAUCUCUCCUUGAUGCUGCUUCCAAAGAAACUUGGCCAUCCAUCAGAAAGCUCCUCAGCCGUGAAACUGAUGCAGCAAUAACAGAUUUUUCAUCUGCCAUAAGUGGAUUUGAAAUGGAUGAGAAGACUGCUAAUAAGAUGAUUUUCAAUUUGAGAAAUUAUGCAAGGAGUGUGGUUGAUAAGAAGGCCAGGGAGGAAGCUGGGCAAGUGCUGAUUCGUAUGAAGGAGAGGUUUUCAAAUGUGUUUAGUCAAGAUUCUGAAUCAAUGCCAAGGGUCUGGACUGCCAAAGAAGACAUCCGAGCUAUUACAAAGGAUGCUCGAUCCAGGUCUCUGAAGCUUCUUUCUGUUAUGGCUGCCUUACGUCUGGAGGAGAAAACAGAUAAAAUUGAACAUGUUCUGUCAACUUCUCUACUAGAAAGCAGUGAUAAAUCUAGUGCUAUCCAGGAGAGAAGCAUUUCUAGUACAUUGACCCCUCUUGCUUCAAGCACUUGGGAUGAGGUUUCUCCUUCUGAUACAUUAAUUACACCAGUACAAUGUAAGUCUCUAUGGAGACAAUUUAAGACAGAGACAGAAUACACAGUGGGUCAGGCUAUUGUUGCUCAGGAAGCUAGCAGGCGUAGUUCUGCAUUUUUGCCACCACCUUGGGCAAUAGUUGCUAUGCUAGUUCUUGGAUUUAAUGAGUUCAUGACUCUUCUGAGGAAUCCGCUUUAUCUUGGCGUUCUGUUUGUGAUUUUCCUGUUGGUCAAAGCCCUAUGGGUACAGCUAGACAUUCCAGGCAUAUUUCAGCAUGGUGUUGUUUCUGGCAUCCUGCAAUUAUCAACCAAGUUUCUUCCAACUGUCAUGGGCCUUCUAAAGCGGCUUGCUGAUGAGGGGAGCAAGGUUGGGACAUCUGGUAAUGGUAAUUUUGGCUCAGCUGCUCGGGAAAAUGGUAGUUUUAAGGAUGUGCCUUUGCAAGAUUUGGCAUCUGAGUCUUCAUCACAAGGAAGCUCUUCUGCCAGUGGCCUCACAAACUCCAGUUCUCUAAAGCGUAGACAGGGUGGUCAACCUGACAUGGACAUGGAUUGAUCUCAUUAGCUGAUUGAAUCUAAUGCCAUUAUUUGCAACCCUUAGUUUGCUAUUUGACAAUAGGAAUUAAUGGGGUUCAAAUUGCCUCCAGUGAUUCUUAUGUACACGAGUAUUUCUUUAUGUACCAUAUACAUUAUGGUAUUCUUUGGAAGAAUAUUCUGAAAGAUUUAUUCUAGAAAGUUGCUGAACAGAUGAAGGCUUUUCUAAAUAAUGAUUCAAACAGGUUCUGAGUUUUAUUCAAACAGGAUAGUACUGAUCCUUUCGAAGGCAAGAUAUGUAAGUGGGGAUUGAUCCAUAGUGAUAGAACUAUGCAGAGGGAUGCAUGUGUCUGGGUGCAUUCGUGCAUAUUUUGUGAAAGUUAUAUUCAUUCAAGGCUUGGUGGCUUUGAUUUUGCUGUGUGACUUAUACUGGAAAUUUAUUUAAUGCAGAUUUUAAAGUGUUCGCUCCUUGUUA